GGCGUCUACACCGCCUUCUACUCGCUGCUCUUCGCCUUCAUCUACGCGCAGCUCUGGCUGGUGCUGCGCUACGGCCACAAGCGGCUCAGCUACCAGAGCGUCUUCCUCUUCCUCUGCCUGCUCUGGGCCUCGCUGCGGACCGUCCUCUUCUCCUUCUACUUCAGGGACUUCGUGGCGGCCAACGCGCUCGGCCCCUUCCUCUUCUGGCUGCUCUACUGCUUCCCCGUCUGCCUCCAGUUCUUCACGCUCACGCUCAUGAACUUGUACUUCACGCAGGUGAUCUUCAAGGCCAAGUCGAAGUACUCUCCAGAGUUACUCAAGUACCGGCUGCCCCUGUACCUGGCCUCGCUGCUCAUCAGCCUGGUGUUCCUGCUGGUGAACCUCACCUGCGCGGUGCUGGUGAAGACGGGGACCUGGGAGAGGAAGGCCAUCGUCUCCGUGCGCGUGGCCAUCAACGACACCCUCUUCGUGCUGUGCGCCGUCUCCCUCUCCGUCUGCCUCUACAAGAUCUCUAAGAUGUCCUUGGCCAACAUCUACUUGGAGUCCAAGGGCUCCUCCGUGUGCCAGGUGACCGCCGUCGGCGUGACCGUCGUCCUGCUGUACGCCUCCCGCGCCUGCUACAACCUGUUCAUCUUAUCCUUUUCUCAGAGCAAGAACGUGCAUUCCUUCGAUUACGACUGGUACAACGUGUCCGACCAGGCGGAUCUGAAGAACCAGCUGGGAGACGAGGGGUACGUGGUGUUCGGGGUGGUCCUCUUCGUGUGGGAGCUCUUGCCCACCUCCCUGGUCGUUUACUUCUUCCGCGUCCGAAACCCUACCAAGGACCUGACCAGUCCGGGCAUGGUCCCCAGCCACGGGUUCAGCCCCAGGUCCUACUUCUUCGACAACCCUCGCAGAUACGACAGCGACGACGACCUCGCCUGGAACGUCGCCCCUCAGGGACUUCAGGGAAGUUUCGCUCCCGACUACUAUGACUGGGGACAGCAGACCAACAGCUUCCUGGCACCAGCGGGGACUUUACCUCCGGACCUGGUAGUGGAUCCUGGCAAGCCACGCCAUGGGUAGCACCAGCUAACAGCUUUACGGACCAUUCCUCGGUUGAGAAGCUUGAGGAAAACGGACGCAACGAAAGCUGAAUCUUUAGGGCACUUUUCCUCACGAAAUAGGACUUGAUUUUUAUCGGUUACAGGUUUCUCCUGGCUCCCUAGGGCUAAGCAAUAAUGUAGAUCAACACAACCUGAUUUUAGUACUAAGAAGGGAGCCCUGGACGCCUGUUUCCAGGGGUGUAAUUUAAACUUUAAAAAUUCUGUACUUUUAUAAAAAUGUAUUUUAUAUAACUUAAAUAAUAAUGCUAAACUAUA